CAGAGUCAUAGUCAUUCUUUUUUAGUGUGCCUCUCCCAUUUAUUACUUUGUCUUUUGCCUUCAUUCUUUCUCCCAUCCACUAAAUACUCUACUCUUUGCCUCUUACUCUCUACCAUAACCUUUUGUCACAGAACUUUCAGCUGCUAUAUAGCUACUUCUCUCUUCUCUCUCCCCCUCCUCCCUCCAAUUAGGGUUUCCACUUUGAGAGAGAUUAUCAUAUCUCCCUUCCAGAGACAAAUCUGUGUUACUCCUUCAAUUGGCUAAGGCUAGCUAACUGGCUAAGAGGCUAGCUACUAGAUAUAAUAUCUACAUAUAUCUUGGAAGGAACAAAGAACAGCUACAGUCUACAGCUCUUAAUUUCUCGCAAGAGCUCCUCCACAAGGGAAAAAGGUAAAAUUCCCUUUUUUCAUAGCUUUCAUCAGAGAGACAUAGAUCCCAGCUUUGGUGUGCAGUGAAAAAUCAAAAUGGCAUCCUCCAGCUCCUCCUAUAACUCUCCCUGCGCUGCCUGCAAGUUUUUGAGGAGAAAAUGCAUGCCGGGCUGCAUUUUCGCACCUUACUUCCCACCGGAGGAGCCCCAGAAAUUCGCCAAUGUCCACAAGAUCUUUGGGGCCAGCAAUGUGACCAAGCUUCUCAACGAGCUCCUGCCUCAUCAGCGCGAGGACGCCGUGAACUCCCUGGCCUAUGAGGCGGAGGCACGAGUCAGGGACCCGGUGUAUGGGUGUGUUGGAGCCAUUUCUUUCCUCCAAAGGCAGGUCCAGAGGCUCCAGAAGGAGCUUGACUCUGCAAAUGCUGACCUCAUCCGCUAUGCCUGCAACGAAAUCACAACAGCAACGGUGUUGCCAACAGGGCUAAAUUCGGUGAUUCAGCCGAAUAUGGCUCCUCGGAGAAGGUCGGUUGAUCAUCAUCCUCAUCACCAGUUUUACCAACAAAUAAACAAUACUAGUACUACUGGAGGAGCUUUCUCAGCUCCCUAUCUUCCAUGGAAUGAUAUUCAUAACCGGUCUGGGGACAUUAACGAAGGAGGAGGAGAAGGAGGAGAUGGCAGAAUGUGAAGUGAGAUUUGAGACCCUAGCUACCUCAUCACAAUAAUUGACAAAGGUAAAUAAAACCCAAUUUAGCUAGGGUUUGGUUUCUGAUAGCACUCUAUUGGUGGUGUCAGGCAGGUCAUGUGGUGUUAUAUAUAUAUAUGCUUAUUAAGUUGUAGAAGUACUCAGUCAGCAGGGUCUCUAGCCUCACGUGUAGUAGUUACACUACUCUUCUAUAUAUAAUUUCGUGCGAGCUAUAUUUAUAUAUAGCCAGAUGGCUUUAGUAAUCCCAUUGUUUCCAAGUAUAUAAUUUGGUGGGUUCAGUGCUAGCUAUAUGUAUGUAUAUACCUAAAUUAUGUAAACUUAAAUAAGCAGAGAAACUUGUUGUAUAACACUAUUUUACUAUUUUCGGCCAAUAACGUUAUACCAUGUGAAAAAGUUAUCACUCGUAUCGUAGAGUUAUUGGUCGAGGAUUACAAAACAGUGUUAUUCCUGUUUCACGCAAGUGUUUCUCUUGAAUAAGACUUGCUCUCAGAUCGAUGGAGUAGAUCUCUUAAUAUUGUGUCAUAAUGCAACUGUACAUAUGGAGUAUAUAUGAAGGCAUGCGCAUGCGCCAUGCGGGGGUUGACAUUCUU